AUGGCUGCUGUUGCAGCUGACAAAAGGCCGACGAAUGGAUUCGGAAAUGGAGGCGGCGGUGCUUACGGCGCCCCUCAGGCUGCUGGAAGCAGCGGCGGCGGCUACUCAAACGGUGGCGCCAGUGCGGGAGGAAAUGGAUACGCUGGCACGGGAUUGAAUGGCGCCAAUGGUGGUGGUGGUGCCAACGGAUACUCCAACGGUGGUUCCAGUGGUAGCGCCACUAAUGGGUACUCCAACGGUGGUUCCAAUAAUGGUGACGCCAACGGAUACUCCAAUGGUGGCUCCAAUGGAGGCAAUGGAUACUCAAAUGGCGCCUCCAAUGGAUACACUGGAGCCGGAAAUGGCGGCUUUCCAGGGGACGCCUCAGCGGAAGGCGCCGGAUACGAACAGGCGGCUUCCGAGACCGGCUCAGCUGCUGACGACGGAAGUGGCGGCUUGAACGGCGACGAAAUCCCCGGAACCCCGGGUACGGAUUACCCAGUCUUGGCCCAGGUACCCGAAGACCUCACCUUUGAAUGCUCCAGCCAACAGUACCCAGGUUACUACGCCGAUGUUCAGAGCCAAUGUCAG